AUGCUUCAUCAUGCCAAACUGGACAAGUGUUUCUGGGCCGAAGCAGCGAUGAAGGCCAUCUACGUCAAGAAUCGACUGCCGUCGCCUAAAGUCGUGCACAAGACCCCGUUUGAGAUCUUCUAUAACUUGAAACCAAGCGUCAAGCACAUACGAACAUUCGGGUGUCAGACAUACAUACUGACACCUAAAGAGAAUCGACUCAAGUGGGAUCCAAAGGCUCGCGCUGGCAUAUUCGUGGGCUACGAAGAAGUUUCGAAGGCAUAUCGUGUUUAUGACAUCGAGGCGGGGCAGGUGGUUAUCAGCCGCGAUGUCAACUUCGACGAGUCCACCUUUGGACUUCAACUGCCGAUCACUGAUGAAGAUGUCGAUGACCUGGACUUCGAAUUGCUGGAUCUUGAUGACGAAGAGCUGCGUCAAAUGGAGUACAAGCAAACAGGCAAGCGCAAGAACCGACUCAAUGAUGAAGAUACAGCAGCUCCACGACCGCGUGCAGUGCGUCAACGACCAGGACUAGAAGAGUCAAGCGCGCCGGAAAACAACUCGUCACGCCAAGAAGAAGACGAAGAAACGAAGGAUUCUGGUGAUUCAACACCGCCUGUGUUUUGGCGUGCGAGUGCAAAUGCCGUUGAAGCAGCAGUGGACUUAUCAGAGCCCUCAGCAUUUGAAGCAGCAGUAAGCGGCCCUGACCAAGUGCACUGGAGAAAAGCAAUUCAUGCAGGGCUCGAGUCAAUGCGACUUCGCGGUGUGUUUCAUGCAGCCAAGCUGCCCAACGGACAACGCGCCAUUGGCACAAAAUGGGUGUUCAAGAUCAAGCGCAAGGCGGAUGGAUCGAUCGAGAAGUACAAGGCACGUCUCGCGGCAAAGGGCUUUCGCUCGAAGUAUGGAAUCGACUACACCGAGACGUUUUCGCCCGUGGUCAAGUAUGUGACGCUGCGAAUAGUGAUCGCAAUUUUCAAGCAUUUUGGAUGGACAAUUGACCAGCUUGACGUGAUUACAGCAUUCCUGUAUGGAGUAAUGAAGGAACAAGUGUUUUGCGUGAUUCCUGAAGGCGUCGAACUGGAUGAUGACUUUGACUGGAAUUGGUGA